AUGGCUCUUCAUUUGCUUGAACGUCUACUUGCUUUUGAUCCGAAGGAUCGACCAACUGCUGCAGAGGUAGUAGCAAUGUCAGCAAGAAGCGUGGAAUUCAAGGCCUUAACAGAUCCAUACUUUACUGGAUUAGCAAAUUCUGAACGUGAACCGAUAACACAACCAAUCUCAAAAUUUGAGUUUGAGUUUGAAAGAAGGAAGCUGGCCAGAGAUGAUGUUCGGGAAUUAAUUUACAGAGAGACAUUGGAAUACCAUCCUCAGAUGUUGCAGGAGUUUCUUGGUGGUGGGGAUAAGGCGAGCUUUGUGUACCCGAGGGAAAGAGUAAAUGACAGUGGCGAUGACCUUGAGAAACCAAGUGCAGAUUACUGCAUAAGAUUGCAUGUAUGUGAGCCACUCUCAAGUACUCGUAACUUUCUGAAGAGCGAAAGCAUCAGUGCUUCCCAGUGUGUGGUCAUCAAACAAAAGCGAGAGAAAGAUGAGGAAUCUAUAUCUGAGUAUGUGAACGAUCCAGUUGAUGGUGUGCCACAGAGGAUUGCUCAACUCAAAACCUGA